GUUUAAACUGCUCAAAUGCGACUGGCUUUUCCAGAGCAACCAAAAGUUCCACCGAGUCGAGUGAUGGCGGCCGUCGUGUCUGUGAGCGCAAACGCCAAAGAAGAGAACACAGACACAGCGCUCGGCUCCGUCUCCCGUCCGCUUGACGAAAAGUACGACCUCGCUGCACUCGCCGACCGUGAAAAGUGGAGGCCCGGAGAGCGGCGGCAUCCGGAGCUCGAAGCCGGCGAAGACGUCCCGACAACGGGACACAGCGAGGGUCAGCGGAGGGCCGACGAAGACUGGACCCCACUGAGCCCACAAGAGAUUCAGAGCCGCUUGGAGAGAACUCGGCGAGAGUUUUACAACCGCAGGAAGAUUAUCAUCAAAAAUCUGCCGUCUGACGUCAGCAAUCAGGAGGUUCAUGAGCUGCUGUGCAACUAUGACCUGAAGUACUGCUUUGUUGACAAAUACAAGGGCACAGCCUUUGUGACGCUGCUCAACGGUGAACAGGCGCAGAGCGCCAUCAAGGAGUUCCACCAGCACGCGCUCCGCGAUCGGGAAAUCUCCGUGCAGUUGCAGCCCACCGACGCCCUGCUGUGCAUCGCCAACUUGCCGCGCUCCUUCACCCAGCAGCAGUUCGAGGAGCUGGUGCGCCCCUUCGGCAACCUGGAGCGCUGCUUCCUGGUGUACCGGGCGUCCAGCGGCCGCUCCAAGGGCUACGGCUUUGUGGACUACAUGAAGAAGGACUCGGCGGCCCGGGCCAAGUCGGAGCUGCUUGGGAAGCAGCUGGGCUCGCGCAUGCUCUACGUGCACUGGACCGAAGUGGGCUCGCUCACGUACCCGCUGCUGCACUCCAAGUGUCUCUGUGUGGACCGCCUGCCUCAGAGUGUCGUGACCGCCCAAGACAUCUGCAACCCGCUGGUCGAUGCUUAUCGGCCAGUCUUCUGUCAGUUGGCCCAAGGACAAGAUGGAAGUUUUCGGCGUUUUGCGGUGCUGGAGUUUGCCACGGCUGACAUGGCCGAAGAGGCUCAGAAGCUGUUAGACGGCCGUCUGCUGGGCGGCACGCACAUCCGGGCGUCCUUCUGUGCCCCCGGUCCACCCGGGCGGAGCAUGCUCGCCGCUUUGAUCGCUGCCCAGACCAUGUUUGUGAACAGGGGCAAGGGUCUCCUCCCAGAUCCCACCGCCAUGCAGAUCCUCUCGGGCCUGAACAACCCGGCCGCACUCCAGAUGUUGCUCAACCCGUUGUCGCAGGGCCACAAACAAGGCCUCCUCGGGGCGGCCCCCGCCAUGCCGCUACUCGCCAACCCGGCCCUCCCUGCCAUGCUGCUCCAGUUGCUGCUACAAAAUCAGGCGAAAGCCCAGCAGCAGGCAGGACUCCUGGCGGAGAAUCCUCUCGCCCCGCUGCCCGUCCAGCAGGGAAUCCAUCUGCUCGGAGAUCUGCCUCAAGGUGGUGUAGUCUCAGGUCUGGACCCCCUUCCCCAGCUGAAGCCGGCGCCCAUGAGCAGAGCCAUGGCAAGGGAUCAAGAGUCCCCCAUCUUCCCGCAGACACCCUCCCCGACUCUGCAGGGUCUGUCUGUGCCGCUGCUGGGCGGCAUGAUGGGACCAGACGGCCUGACGGCGCAGGCGGUCCCCAUACUAGGAGACCCCACCAAAGAUGUGACUCCGCCCCAGAGUUCCUUUCUCUCUGCCAAUGGGUUUCCCUCAGGAGCCAACUGCAGACCUCACCCGUACAGGAAGAGACCCACGCUAAGCAACGUCUCCAACCAGCACCUCAGCAUGCACCCCAGCUACAGCCUGCGCUACCAAGACUCGUACAAUGAUGAGUAUCGUCCUGUCCACCAGGAUGAGUUGCAGCACUUGUACGAGGAGCAGGAGAAUCACCACAUGGGUGACUUGACAAGCUUCGGACAGCAGCUCUCGCGUCCGUCAGACUUGGGCCAGCGCCACUUCAGUUUCCCGCCCAGUCCGCCCCCGUCCUCGUAUUUCAGCUCGGACGCCUCCGCUAAUGGCUGCCUGCCUCCCGGCCAGCUCAACAGGGCGGUGGGCAUGCCUCCUGUGAGCCACUCCUCUGACUACCCUCCAGGACUUGUCAACACAAUGAAGACCCCCAUCGGGAGCCACAAGCGCCUCUUCUCCCGCCUCAUCCCGUCUCCGGAGCCGAGCCCCGAAGGCGGCUACGUGGGCCAACACUCCCAGGGGCUGGGCGGCCAUUACGCAGACUCCUACCUGAAGCGCAAGCGCAUCUUCUAAAAAAGGGAAAAAGGCCGUGACAGGGACUGGAAAUCCUUCAAAUUGCUUCCUGUUGGAAUUCCUGGCUGUUGUCCCCCUUUCUUUUUGGUGUUUGUGUAUAUAUAUAUAAUUUUAGUGUGUUGACAAUUUUUUUUUUUUUAAUUAUUUGUUUUUUAAAAUAGCUCUUUAAAUUUAUUGUUGGAGGCAGUUUAUUAUGUUUACCUGCAGGGGCAAGUUAAGCUAAUCAAGUUUUUUUUUUUGUGUGGCGUGUAAGCACAUACUUGGAUCAGUAUUUUAAUUGUCUAUUAUGAUGAAGUCCAUAUCGGAUGUCUUCCACAUUACUUUUCAAACAAAGGGAAGCCUUCAUCGUCAACGUAGACCACCACUUGUCCUUGCUACCCCCCCCCCCCCCCCCCCCCCCCGCUCCCCCACUCCUUCACCAACACGGCCAUCUUUAUGGAACUGAUAAAAAAAAAAAAAGUCAUCCCAAGCUUGUUUCUUGGCGUUUUCUUGUCCUAUGAUCAGCACCAGCGGAGUUUUCUUGUUCCCCCUUUUCACUAGUUAAGUGCAUUUGAAGCACACUGGCCACAAUGCCUGUUUUUUCACGUUUUAUGUGGUUAAAUGGUUCCUCUGGCAGUCCAGUCACUUUUUUUUUUUUUAAUCCAAGUGAAGUUUGAUUAUGGAGAACCCAUUCCCUCCUUGCAAGAAGAAGACUGAUUAUCCUAAGCCUUGACGCCGUUACCGCCGCUGUAUUUUUAUUUGCUGUGUAAAUAGUUUGAUCCCUUUCUCUCUCUUCCCAAAAUGUUUGCCUUCCACGACCAGAAUGUGGUCAGGUUGCUUAUGAGUGAAUUUACAGCUUAUCGUUGUUAUUGUUCACAGACCGAAAGACGCGGUCCAAAAACUUUUAAUGGUCAAUCAUCUCCAUUUACUUGCUCCUCGUAAUUCUUCCGUGGUCACCUUUCUAAUUUGUGUUUGUGUGAGAGAGAGAAAGUAAAUGUUAUUUAAACUCA